AGCUUCGCUUGCACUUGCACGGUUGCACGUGCGUACGGACGUUCUGCGCUGCACACGGACAGAAGAUGGCGUCAUCGCUAGCGAUGGUACUCUUGCUCGCCCUGCUCUCGCUUUCCUCUUCAGCACAAGGCUAUGGCGUCGGCCGCUGGAUCAACGCCCACGCCACCUUCUACGGCGGUGCCGACGCCUCCGGCACUAUGGGAGGCGCGUGUGGGUACGGCGACCUGUACAGCCAGGGGUACGGCACCCAGACGACGGCGCUGAGCACGGCGCUGUUCAGCGGCGGGCUGAGCUGCGGCGCGUGCUUCGAGCUGCGGUGCGCCGGCAAGCCGCGGUGGUGCCUGCGGGGCUCCAUCGUGGUGACGGCCACCAACCUUUGCCCGCCCAACUACGCGCUCCCAAGCAACGCCGGCGGGUGGUGCAACCCGCCGCUCCACCACUUCGACCUCUCUCAGCCGGCAUUCCUCCGCAUCGCCAGGUACCGCGCCGGCAUCGUCCCCGUCACCUACCGCCGGGUGGCGUGCAGGAGGCGGGGCGGCAUCCGGUUCACCAUCAACGGCCACUCCUACUUCAACCUGGUGCUGGUGAGCAACGUGGGCGGCGCCGGCGACGUGCGCGCGGUGGCCGUGAAGGGCGCUCGGACGCGGUGGCAGGCCAUGUCCCGGAACUGGGGCCAGAACUGGCAGAGCGGCGCGCUCCUCGACGGCCAGGAGCUCUCCUUCAGGGUCACGGCCAGCGACCGCGGCUCCAUCGUCUCCUACAGCGUCGCGCCGGCCGGAUGGGCCUUCGGCCAGACCUUCACCGGCGGCCAGUUCCCGUAAGAUCAGGCCAGAAUGCUGCCACGCAUGGCACGUUUGGUGUAUCGAUGGUACGUGUACGGUGUGCUUCAGUGGGCAUAACUGUGUGAGCUGCUAGUACUUAA